CCUCGCGGCGCGGGAGCCCGCGGGUGCGUUUCGAGGACGGGGCCGUGUUCCUGGCCGCGUGCUCCAGCGGGGACACGGACGAGGUGAGGAGGCUCCUGGCGCGGGGCGCGGACGUGAAUACGGUCAACGUGGACGGCCUGACUGCCCUGCACCAGGCCUGUAUUGAUGAAAAUUUGGACAUGGUGAAGUUUCUGGUGGAGAACAGAGCCAAUGUAAACCAGCAGGACAAUGAGGGCUGGACACCCCUUCACGCAGCAGCUUCCUGUGGCUAUCUCAACAUAGCAGAGUAUUUCAUUAACCAUGGAGCCAGUGUGGGUAUUGUGAAUAGUGAAGGUGAAGUCCCCUCUGACCUUGCAGAAGAGCCUGCCAUGAAGGAUCUUCUUCUGGAGCAAGUGAAGAAGCAAGGAGUUGACCUAGAGCAGUCAAGAAAAGAAGAGGAACAACAGAUGUUGCAGGAUGCCCGCCAGUGGCUCAACAGUGGGAAAAUAGAGGAUGUGAGGCAGGCUCGCUCAGGGGCCACAGCCCUCCAUGUGGCUGCUGCCAAGGGCUACUCUGAGGUCCUCAGACUUUUAAUUCAGGCUGGCUAUGAACUCAAUGUUCAGGAUCAUGAUGGGUGGACUCCCCUCCAUGCUGCUGCACACUGGGGAGUGAAGGAGGCUUGCUCCAUCCUGGCAGAAGCACUCUGCAACAUGGAUAUCAGGAACAAACUGGGCCAGACACCAUUUGAUGUGGCCGAUGAGGGUCUUGUGGAGCACCUGGAGAUGCUCCAGAAGAAGCAGAAUGUGCUUCUGAGUGAAAAAGAGACACGGAAUAAGCUCAUUGAGUCAGACCUGAAUAGCAAGUUGCAGAGUGGACUCUUCAAGAACAAAGAGAAGAUGCUCUAUGAGGAAGAGACAUGUAAGUCCCAAGAAAUGGAGGAAGAAAACAAAGAAUCCAGCAGCUCCAGCUCAGAGGAAGAGGAAGGUGAAGAUGAAGCUUCGGAGUCAGAAACUGAGAAGGAGGCAGUAACAGAUAAAAAGCCAGAAGCCAUUGUCAACCAUUCCAACUCUGAAAGCAAGAGAAGUACCAUGGAGCAGACACCAGCACCAGCUCAGAAUACCUUCUCCACCUCUUCGGCCAGAAGAUUCUCCUCCAGCCUUUUUAACAAGCCGGAAGAGCCCAAAGAUGAAUCUCCUUCUUCAUGGAGGCUAGGACUCAGAAAAACUGGCAGCCACAACAUGCUGAGUGAGGUGGCCGGUUCCACGGAGGCCCUAAGGGACCGAGGCUCUUCCGUCUACCGCUCAUCAUCCAGCCCUCGGAUCUCCACUCUGCUGGACAGCAAGGAUAAGGACCGAGAAAACAGAAGCUAUCUUAACUCACUCGCACCCCGAAGGCUCAGCAACACAAGUGACAUUGAAGAGAAGGAGAACAGAGAAUCAGCUGUAAAUCUAGUGCGGAGCGGCUCCUAUACCCGGCAGCUAUGGAGGGAUGAAGCAAGGGGAAAUGACACUCCACAGACAAUUGCUCCUUCCACCUACGUAUCAACCUAUUUGAAAAGUGCGUCAUUUGGUAGAAGUAGUGACCCCACAAGUCCCUACAUUUCAGCCAGUCGCAAUUCAUCUGCUACCUCACCCAUUACCAUUGGUUCAUCUACCUCUCGGGGCAGCAGGUGGCAGCCUGCCUCUUCCUGCCCUGCACCAGUCAGUGCAAACACUUCUGCAUCCGUACACCAUGGCAGGACACCUUACAGAUCCCAGGCUGACUCAACAGCAGAGAAAACAGCAGACAGUGUCUCUUCUAGCACCCCGCUCUGCGUGAUCACCAACCGCCCUCCACCCAGCACUGCCAAUGGGGUUACAACUGCCACUCUGCUCUCCUCUCCUGGAACAGACUCCUCGGCGGAAGCCAGGGAGAGGAGGAGGUCAUACCUGACUCCUGUACGCGAUGAGGAAGCAGAGUCAUUGCGGAAGGCACGCUCCAGACAAGCUCGGCAGACUCGAAGGUCUACUCAGGGUGUGACCCUGACAGACCUGCAGGAAGCAGAGAGGACUUGCAGCCGGUCGAGGGCGGAGCGGCAAGCUCAGGAGCACCCAGGCCAGAAGCCCGUGGGCGCCGAGGGGCUUGAGGGGAGCACCAAGAAGCCUGAGCCCUCAGCGGCCCCAGCAAAGGGAGCUGGGGAGGGCCAGCAGCCCUGGGGCAGGAGUCUGGAUGAAGAGCCUGUCUAUCGUCGCCUGAGGUGUCCAACUCAGCCGGACAAACCCACAACACCAGUGUCUCCUUCUGCAUCCAGACCCUCUCUCUACACCAGUUCCCACCUACUACGGACAAAUAGGUCUUCAGUCCCUGAUUCUGAGAGUUCAGAGACCACCACGAACGCUGCAGUUGCAAAAGAAAUGGACAAAAAUGAGAGUGAAGAAGCAGAUUUGGAUGACCAGUCCUCUCACAGGCUGUCCAUCCGUGAGAGGAGGCGGCCCAAGGAACGACGAAGAGGCACGGGCAUCAAUUUCUGGACAAAGGAUGAAGAUGAAACUGAUGGCUCUGAAGAGGUCAGAGAAGCAUGGCAUGAAAGACUUUCUAGGUUGGAAUCGGGAGGUGGUAACCCGACAACCAGUGAUUCUUAUGGUGACCGGACCUCAGCAAGAGCCCGCCGGGAGGCCCGGGAGGCCCGUCUGGCCACCCUGACCAGCCGUGUGGAAGAAGACAGCAACAGGGACUAUAAAAAACUCUACGAGAGUGCCCUGACCGAAAACCAGAAACUGAAGACAAAACUUCAGGAGGCCCAGCUGGAGCUAGCAGAUAUAAAAUCCAAGCUCGAGAAGAUGGCCCAGCAGAAACAGGAGAAGACCUCUGACCGAUCAUCAAUGCUGGAGAUGGAGAAGCGGGAGAGGCGAGCCUUGGAGCGGAAAAUGUCGGAGAUGGAGGAAGAGAUGAAGAACCUCCACCAGCUAAAACAGAUUCAAACCUUGAAGCAGAUGAACGAGCAACUGCAGGCUGAGAACAGGGCCCUGACCCGAGUGGUGGCCCGGCUCUCGGAGCCCAUCGAGUCCUCGGAAGCCCAGGAGCUCUAGCUCCUGCCCCUCUUCUCCACCUCACUUCCCUGCUCCGCCACUCCAGGUGUUAACAGAACUGAAAUCUGACAACCAGAGGCUGAAAGAUGAAAAUGGUGCCCUCAUCAGAGUCAUCAGCAAACUGUCCAAAUAGACUGGGCUCUGGCUUUAGGAGGGAAUGCACGGCAUUUGCUGCCCACCCCUCUUCUCCAGCCACUGCCUUCCAGCCAAAAGAAGUGACUGUCUGGUGGAAGGACAGCUCCCUGAGCCGCCUCCAGUCACCUCUGCACUGUACAUGUUUUCUCCUCUCAGUGCUCCGUGCCUCCUAUACCCCAACCCCUGAGUUUAUGACAGUUUAAUUGAAGCAUGAUUGUGACCAUUCGAGCCGUGUGGAGAAGGCUUUGGGGCGUGCACCAGGCUCAGCUGUGGACCCCAACUUCUGCUGCUCUGCUGCUUGUCCACAUUGGAUUUGGUCCAGACAUGUAAGGCCUCUGCCCAAACCAGUGCCCCAUGGCCUUUUACCCUGACCCAGGCCCUCUGGUGUAGGUGAGUCUAAUGACGGCCACUCCAGGACCCUGACGGGAUGCCAAGAGAAGCAGCAGAAUAUUGGAAUAACCAUCGGAAAGCCUCUGGAGCUGUGUGCACGUCAGAUUCCAGGUGACAGCCACUGCACUGAGGGUUCUGCUAGUCUUCACCUCUCAGGAAC